CCACAUUUUCAACACGUUUUCACACACAUGUUGAGACAGGACAACAGCAACAACACUGGCAAAAAACGCAUGCCAAUCAUUCGUUGUACCCACGUGUGACGCCACCAGGCCUCGUGCAGAAAAAAUGACCAUAAUCCUGCGACUGCAAGGCCUGGAUGUCAAGGCAGGCACUGGAGAUAUACGCGCAUUCUUUGAACACCUUCACAUACCAGACGGUGGAGUUUACAUAGUGGGAGGAAGUCUCCGAGAGGCUUUUAUUGCGUUCACCCGUGAAAGAGAUGCCCAGCUCGCCAUGCGGCACAAUGGACAAACCCUUAAAGGGUCGAAGGUGAAUCUGCACAUAAGCAGCAUGGCAGAGCUGGAGGAGAAACUCAAGACAUUGUUGAACAGGAAGAAACCCUCCCCCGCGCAGAUUACUGUCCGGAAACCAACUCCACAUGCAAAUGUGCCACCUUUGAAUUUCAAUACAUCCUCUGCUGCUCCGCCACUUGAUCCAGACACUGCAAAUCUACAGCCUUCAAAUGCUCAAGUGCUUGAUUCCAGUACUGCCUUUCUUCUCGGGGUUUGCACUGUCCUUCAAGGUCUUCAAGGUCUCCAAGGUGAAAACAAUGAGCCAAAAGUGGAUUUCCCAAAAAUUGACAGUACAGUUGAAUUUGAUGAGAUGAGGACACCAUCACAAACUCUGGACUCAUGCCCAGGCUAUGUCAGGCUCUUUGGUCUGCCAUCCUCCGCCACAAAGGAGGUCAUCUGCCAUUUUUUCAAAGGAUUGCCGGUGCAGGAAGUCAUAGUGAAUGUAGAGUUGGGACGUAGCCACGGUUGCCUGGUUAAGUUUUCCACCAUGCAGGAUGCAAGUGACGCUCUUCUCUUCAACCAACAGUCACUGGGCCCCCUCUGUGUGGAGGUCCGUGCAGCGACUGAGAAGAUGUGGACCAGUGCGGUGCAAGAAUGUGAAGCUGCUUUUGAUGUUGAGGAGACAGUGAAACCAAAGCAACACCCUCUUAGAGAAACUGCAAACCACAAAAAAAUAAACAAUCCUGCAGUGCAGUUCAAGAGGCGAUCUGUCAACAAGUUGCCAUAUAAACCAACAAAAAAGGCAAGACUUGACAGUGACUCAACCACUUUAUCUCCAACUAUGGAGCAUGUUGUCAUGGUGAGGAAUCUACCUAAAAGCAUGACCAAGACUGAAAUAAAAGAAUUGUUUGGGUGUCCAAACCUCGUACACAAAAAUGUGCUACAUCUGCUCGACAAGGAAGGCAACAGAACGGACACUGCUUUUCUUAUUUUUAAUUGCACUGAGGAUUAUGACUAUGCAAUGAACCUCACCGGCUGCCAUGUUGGCUCUGAAGCCAUUGAGGUCACACCAACCACUAGAAUAAUGAUGAGGGACAUGAUGGACAAAAUACAUUACAAUAAUGUUAAGCCUUGUCCAAAGACAGACACACUGAAGAAACCAAAUCGAAAGAGGAUUUUAAAUCUAGUUGAGACACCAGAAGAAGCACGAUGCGUGAACUCGGACCCGGCAGCUCAGACAUGUCUAUUUGUCAGAAACCUGCCAGCAGAUGUGCAGGAACGUCACAUAAAAAGACUGUUCAAGAAAUACAAAGUGAGAAGGGAAAAUAUCGUCUUACUGCAGGACAGUAAUGGUAAAGGGAUCGGUGAGGCUGUGGUUCAGUUUAAAUCACAGGCAAUCGCUGCGCUGGCUCAAAGCCUCCACGGUCAGGACUUCCUGGGUACGACGGUGCUUCUUACCUGCAUAAAUGUGAAUCAGAUGGAGGAAAUCUUGGCAAGAAAUGCUCAAGAAAUAUGAGUAUUAAUGCUCGAAUGCAGACACCCAGGUCAAAGACUGACUAUCAAGUUGGUGUUUCGACUGUAAUUUCACCUGACUGCAUCAACCACUGAGUAAUCAAAUUUAUGUUUUCUACUUUUUCUACUCUGUGAACGCUUUAUACAUUUGAAAAUAAAUGUUUUUAUACAG